GCGGCCACUCAAUUAACGUUGUGGGCCCUCCUACUUAUGGUUGCGAUUAUUUUAAAGAAAUUACUAGAAUUUAAAUAAAUAGUGCAUCAAUGGAUCUCACAGCUCGUAACACAUUAAUCCUUCCGAUCACGCCGCUUGCCAUUAAUAAUUGCGUUUUCGAUUUUGAUGGUAGCGAUUUUGAUCCAGACGAUAAUACUUCAUUAACACCCUUGCUUCGUCGGCUUACGGCUACACCAAAAUUGCUUACACCAAAAUCGUUCCUACUCACUGCGGCGACGUCGCCUGCAACCGCAGCAGUAGCAAGAGCGCAAGCAGUGACGCCGACAAUCAUUAAUGGCCGACUCGCACCACCCCAGUUGCCACAACAAUGCAGCAAUUCGCCACAGCGUCGGGGUUUUCGCCGUUUGCCUUCGCCAUGUACAACCGCGGGAAGUAUCCCCAUACGUGUUGAGGUGCCAACGCAGCACAACCUCGGGGCAGAGAGUAAAAGUAAUAGCUGUAGAAACAAUAGUAGUAGUAAAAGCAAUUCGAACGCCAGCAAUUUAGCUGCGCGACGUCGCUGCCGGCAGCUACGUUUGCAGGAGCUGCAACGUCGUUAUGCAGUGCCUUUUGAAGUGCAUGCCGUACCGAAGCCACUGAGUCCGCGUGUGGGUUAUUUGUUGCGGCGUGUAGGCAUGAUCCGGUAUAGAUCGUUGUUUCAAAUGGAAGAAGUGGAUUUUGUAGUGUUUCGUACGCUGAGCGAACGAGAUUUGCAAACACUGGGUAUUGCGGAUGCAAACGAUCGUGAAGAGAUUUUUAAAGCUGUGCUGUUAGCAGAUGUGCUGAUUUUGGAAUUGGUUUAACAAUGAAUGUAGGACGCAUAAUGAUGUUGAAAUGUAUAAACGACUUGUAUUUGGGCGGUAGUGGGACUAUCAAAAAUUAAAAGUCAGUUAAAAAAUGUAUUAUCGAUUUAUGUAUUUAAAUGUAUUUGUAGUCUCAACAGUUUUUUGUAUUAGAGAAUUAGUUAAUUAUUGUCACAUUAGCUAAUUCCAAUUACUUUUGGUUAUGUAAUCCAA